UCCAUAACAGUCAGCUGUGAACAUCAGUGGCGUCGGUUUGGUAAAUAAGAUAAAUAAAGCUGCUUUUUGAGGUUAAUAGUCACGGUUUCGGCGUGUUUACCGACACGGGCCUGUUUGCUGACGGGUUAACUGUUGGUAGAGGAAAUAAAACAUGGAGUCUGUUCACUUAAACUGAGAACAUUUAGUGUCAACAGCUUCACUUUGAACAGAGACCGAGGUUAGCUAAGCUAACAACAACAACAUCAACAUCUUCAUCAUCAAUAACAGUCACAAUGGGGAAUCAGCUGGCCGGCAUCGCUCCAUCUCAGAUCCUCUCCGUUGACAGUUACUUCUCUGACAUCCAUGACCAUGAGUACGACAAGAGUCUGGGCAGCACCCGCUUCUUUAAGGUGGCUCGAGCCAAACACCGCGAAGGUCUGGUGGUGGUCAAAGUGUUUGCUAUCCAGGACCCAUCUCUGCCCCUCACCAGCUACAAACAGGAGCUUGAAGAACUAAAGAUCCGGCUCCACUCCUGUCAGAACUGCCUGCCCUUCCAGAAGACCUCCCUGACUGAAAAAGCAGCAAUCUUGUUCCGUCAGUACGUCCGGGACAACCUGUAUGACCGCAUCAGCACCCGGCCCUUCCUGAAUGGCGUGGAGAAGCGCUGGCUGGCCUUUCAAAUCCUCACUGCUGUUGACCAGGCCCACAAAGCUGGAGUUCGUCAUGGAGACAUCAAGACAGAGAACGUGAUGGUGACCAGCUGGAACUGGGUCUUGCUUACAGACUUUGCCAGCUUCAAACCUACGUACUUGCCAGAGGACAACCCAGCAGACUUUAACUACUUCUUCGACACAUCCAGGAGGAGGACCUGCUAUAUUGCACCAGAGAGGUUUGUGGACGGAAGUAUGUUCGCCACAGAGAGUGACCAGAACACGCCACUCGUGGAUUUGACCAACAACAACCAGCGGAGCAGAGGAGAACUCAAACAGGCCAUGGAUAUCUUCUCUGCAGGUUGUGUGAUUGCUGAGUUGUUCACAGAAGGAGUUCCCCUGUUUGAUCUGUCUCAGCUGUUGGCUUAUCGUAAAGGACACUUUCAGACCGAACAGGUUCUGAUGAAGAUCGAGGACCGCAGCAUCAAAGAACUGGUGGCUCAGAUGGUUCAGCGUGAACCAGAAAAGCGUUUGACAGCAGAGGAGUACCUGAAGCAGCAGAGAGGAAAAGCCUUCCCAGACAUCUUCUACACCUUCCUGCAGCCGUACAUGGCUCAGUUCGCCAAGGAGACGUUUCAGUCGGCCGAUGAACGGGUCCUCGUCAUCCGCAAAGACCUGGACAACAUCCUGCACAACCUGAGAGGAGGCUCCUCCUCCUCCUCCUCCUCCUCCUCCUCUUCAUCUUUAUCUCAGGAUGCUGCUGAUGGUCUGAGCUCCAGGGAGGAGCAGGGUCUCAUCGUCCUCGUGUCCGUCAUCACCUCCUGCCUCCAGACGCUCCAUUCCUGCGACUCCAAACUGGCAGCGUUGGAGCUCAUCCUCCAUUUGGCUCCGCGACUCGGUGUCGACAUCCUCCUGGACCGGAUCACACCCUAUCUACUGCACUUCUGUAACGACCCCGUGCCACGGGUCCGUGCUCAGGCCGUCCGCACGCUGGCCAAAGUCCUGGCACUAGUCAAGGAGGUCCCAAGGAACGACGUCAAUAUCUACCCAGAAUACAUCUUGCCUGGCAUCGCUCACCUCGCACAGGACGACGCCACCAUUGUCAGGCUGGCAUACGCAGAAAACAUUGCCCAUCUGGCUGAGAGCGCUCUGCGAUUCCUGGAGCUAGUUCAGGAAAACAACGUGAACACGGAGCAGGAUCUGAGCGGAGAAGACGCUGAGGAAACGCUGCACCCCAACGAGAACUACGACUCAGAGCUGCAGGCGCUGCAUGAGAUGGUUCAGCAGAAGGUGGUGACGCUGCUCAGCGAUUCGGAGAACAUCGUCAAACAGUCUCUGAUGGAAAAUGGCAUCACUCGUCUCUGCGUCUUCUUCGGUCGGCAGAAAGCUAACGACGUACUGCUGUCACACAUGAUCACCUUCUUGAACGACAAGAACGACUGGCAUUUGAGAGGGGCCUUCUUCGACAGCAUCGUGGGUGUGGCAGCCUACGUGGGCUGGCAGAGCUCAUCCAUCCUGAAGCCCCUCCUACAGCAGGGUCUCAGUGACACAGAGGAGUUUGUCAUUUACAAAGCACUGAACGCUCUGACCUGCAUGUGUCAGCUGGGCCUGUUGCAGAAACCACACAUCUACGAGUUCGUGGCCGACAUUGCUCCGUUCCUGUGUCAUCCCAACUUGUGGAUCCGUUACGGAGCAGUGGGAUUCAUCACAGUCGUCGCACAGCAUCUCAACGUGGCUGACGUGUACUGUAAACUGAUGCCUCACCUGAACCCCUUCAUCACCCAGCCCAUCAUCCAGAUCGAUAAGGAGCUGGUUCUGCUCAGCGUCCUGAAGGAACCGGUCAGUCGCUCCAUCUUCGACUACGCCCUGAGGUCCAAAGACAUCAGCAGCCUCUUCAGACACCUGCUGCUCAGACAGAAGAAACGGGCCGGAUCCAUCCCAGAAUGCCCCACUCCAGACGACCCGGCCAUCGCUCAGCUGCUGAAAAAGCUGCUGUCACAGGGAAUGACUGAGGCCGAGGAGGACAAGCUGCUAGCUCUCAAAGACUUCAUGCUGAAAUCCAACAAGGCCAAAGCCAACAUGGGCGAGCAGAUCCACCUGGGAGACACGGCCCAGACCGGAGUCAUCGACCUGGGAUUGCUCGGCAUCACUGGGCGCCAGGUCGACCUCGUCAAACCCAAAGCCGAACCCGACGACAAGAGAACGAGAAAACACACAAAGCAGGACUCAACCAUGAAUGAGGAGUGGAAGAGUAUGUUCGGAUCCCAGGAACCGGCCUGCGUUCAGCCCUCUACGGUGGUUGACGGUCCAUCCUCUCAGAUCAGGAAGAACGCCGUGGCUCCGUCGGUACCUGUGUUACAGUCGGUGGCCAGUGGCCCCGCCUACCAGCGGCGCAUCAACACCUGUAAGGCGGAGCUUCAGCAGCUGGUGCAGCAGAAGAGGGAGCAGUGCAGCGCUGAGCGAAUGGCCAAACAGAUGAUGGAGAGCGCCGAGUGGGAGAGUCGGCCUCCUCCUCCAGGGUGGCAUCCUAAAGGUCUGCUAGUCGCACACCUCCAUGAACACAAAGCUGCAGUGAACAGGAUCCGAGUGUCUGAUGAGCAUUCCAUCUUCGCCACUGCGUCCAACGACGGCACCGUAAAGGUGUGGGACAGUCAGAAGAUGGAAGGAAAGACCACGACCACCAGGUCCGUACUGACAUAUUCUCGUAUCGGCGGUCAUGUGAAGACGCUGACCUUCUGUCAAGGCUCACAUUAUUUAGCCGUGGCCUCAGAUAACGGAUCCAUCCAGCUGCUGGCAGUUGAAGCCAAUAAACCACCAAAAUCCCCCAAAGUGCAGCCUUUCCAAACCAGGUCUCUGGACCUCCAGGAGGACGGCUGUGCAGUGGACAUCCAUCAUUUUAACUCCGGAGCUCAGUCUGUGUUGGCCUACGCCACCGUUAACGGAUCCCUGGUGGGCUGGGAUCUGCGGUCCAACUCCAACGCCUGGACACUCAGACACGACCUGCGACUGGGACUCAUCACGUCCUUCACCGUGGACAUGCACCAGUGCUGGCUCUGCCUCGGGACGAGCAGCGGCACCAUGGCAUGCUGGGAUAUGCGGUUCCAGCUUCCCAUCUCAAACCACUCCCACCCUGCUCGUGCACGAAUCAGACGGCUGCUCAUGCACCCUCUGUACCAGUCUUCUGUCAUCGCAGCGGUCCAGGGGAAUAAUGAGGUGUCGAUGUGGGACAUGGAGACCGGGGACCGAAAGUUCACCUUAUGGGCGAGUACGGCACCCCCACUGUCAGAGAUGCAGCCGUCUCCUCACAGCGUUCAUGGGAUCUACUGCAGUCCUGCUGAUGGAAACCCUCUGCUGCUCACAGCCGGAUCCGACAUGAGGAUCAGGUUCUGGGACUUGGCCUAUCCAGAGCGGUCGUACAUCGUAGCAGGAGGAGCCAACGACUCCCUGCACUGUCCAUCUGUUCUGUACAGCAGAAAGAUCAUCGAAGGAACCGAAGUCGUACAGGAGAUCCACAGUAAACAGAAGAGCGGGGUCGUGGAGGACUCGCCUCGCCGUGGACCUGAAGCCCUCCCCGUCGGACACCAUGACAUCAUCACAGACAUCGCCACCUUCCAGACCACGCAGGGCUUCAUCGUCACUUCGUCCAGAGACGGCAUCGUCAAGGUCUGGAAGUAAAACCGGACUUGGACCGAGACUCGAUCGAAACCUCAACCAGAGACCGGAUCGACCCACAGGACCGAACCCUGCCCUGUCCACCUCACCUCACUUUCAUUAUUUCUGUUGCUCAUAAAGGUUAAAGUCAAAAUCCACUGUUCAGGAUCUAGGUCCAGUUUACUUUGUACAUACCUUAUUUUAAUGUAAUAAUUACAUACAUUUUAAGUUUUGCAGAUAAAAACCAUGUCAGUGUUUGUGCAUCUGUUCAAUAAAAUCUGCAGAUUCAUC